AUGAUCGGACGACUCCUCAGUCGCUGGCAGCGUAUGGGUGGUCCUGGUUUCUGGUGGGAUGACUGGACAAUUCUCUUCGUAUGGGCCUCUUCCAUUCAGAUGAUCGUUAUCCUGGUCCUCAAGAGUGACGACGAUGCAGCAUGGGACAGCUGGGCCGUGACCAAGGAUCUUCGAAAAGUCGCCACGCUUUGGGUUUUCUCCAGCGCGCCGUCCUAUUUCAUCGGGACGUUUGGCGCCAAGGUAUCGUUGGUACUGCUGUAUCUACGCGUGGUAGCAGACAACAAGACAUUCCGACAUGUGUGCUGGGUGACGAUCUUUCUAUGUAUGGCCGGACUGUUGGGUUUCACGAUUGGAGCUCUGGCAACCCUUUGGCCUCUCUACUAUUAUGAAGGAGAUACUGCCAUUCCACGACAGAAGCUACUCGGCAUCAACUUCCAGAUCACUGUCUUUGCCAUUGCAGCGUGCAAUAUCUGGCUCGACUUCGUAGUGUUGCUUCUUCCUCUCGGCCUGCUCAGCCGUGUCCGUGGUAUAUCACGUCAGUGGAAGAUUUGGAUCUCCGCCAUCUUCAUAACUGGGUUUGCCGCCACAGCCAUCUCUAUCGUCCGCUUGGUCUACAUCUUCCCUCUGCGAAACUCCACGAAUGUGUCUUGGGACUUUGGUUGGUUCGGAAUGUGGUCAGAGGUCGAGGUCCACGUGUCUACCAUCUGCGCCAACAUGCCUCCCAUGGCCGGUCUCCUGCGACGUCGCUGGAUCAAGAGUCAUCGACGCGCAGCGUCCGAAGAUGUCAGCGCAUUGAACACUGGCAUGGUUUGCGUUGGGGCCAGUGCAACAACGGAUUCUGGCAGCACUCAGCCAGCUGCGGAUGAUAUCGAGGUGUCACGAGCAGAAGCCAUGAGAGCCUUGGAGGUAGGAAGCUUGGAUCGAGGCGGCAACGACGUUUCCACUGAUCGCAGCGGUGGAAGUUUUGGUACUGAUACGGAGAAAGGUCGAAACUUCAACAACCUGCCAGUCGUCCACGAGGCUCGUGAUGUUAUGAAAGAACGAUGA